GUUGCUCGUAAGAUGUCUCCAGACAACGCUUUGAACUCCCAAAGGGUUUUCAAAAAGUCAUCGCCCAAUAACAAGCUGACAAUGUAUCUGGCGUCGCGUGACUUGGUGGUGGAAAACGGGAGUAUUGAUAAAAUACAGGGUGUUCUACACGUGGAGUCGGGCAAUUUGGAAAACAGGAAGCUAUUCGGACAAGUUACACUGACCUUUAGAUACGGUCGCGAAGACGAAGAAGUAAUGGGGCUGAAGUUCUGCAAUGAAGCAAUAAUGAGUCUCACUCAGAUCUGGCCUGUGCAUAGCAAUCACGACAAGCAACCGUCUUCAGCACUUCAGGAGGCACUUAUAAAGCGUUUAGGAGACUAUGCGUUUCCAUUCCACUUGGAACUAACCCACCUAGCGCCACCUAGCGUCCAAUUAGUGCCAGCUAAGCAAUAUCACGGUGCGCCUAUUGGGACCUCAUAUGAUGUUCGGGCGUAUAUAGCGGAUCAAAUAGAUGAGAAAAUUUCCCGUCGCAACACCGUCCGUAUGGGAAUAAGAGUGCUUCAAGGUCCAGGCAGACCCCAGCCACCUGUUUUGCCUCCCCACACCACACACCACGCCCUGAGCGCGCUGGCACAUAACAACGUACUCAGACUUAAAGGAAAACCAAAAUUGCAAACGGACCAAAGCAUUCGACAAAAAGAGGAAAUUGAGAACGUGGAGCCAGCGCCACCUCGCGUCGCGGUUGAAAAGCCUUUUCUACUUUCUGACGGCAGGGUGGAACUGGAAGCGUGGCUCGACAAGGCGACAUAUUACCACGGCGAAUCAAUCAAUGUCAGCGUACUCAUCACCAACCACUCGUCAAAGACUAUUCGACGGAUAAAGGUCCUAGUUAUACAGCAUGUAGAUGUAUGCAUGUUCUCAAAUGGGAAAUUUAAAAAUGUAGUGGCACUCCUACAAGGAUCUGGCACACCAAUACCACCGGAACAGAUCCACAAUGAUUCAUAUAUACUAACACCUCACAGAGGUGUCACCAAGAAUUGGAUUGCACUCGAGGACUCCUAUUCAAAAACUGGCGCAAGUCUAGCAUCGACUGUUCUAUGUAACAAUGAAUCUAACGAUGAUCGUAACGUGUUCGCUAUUUACGUAUCCUACUACGUGAAAGUUAAGUUAACACUUAGCGCAAUGGGCGGUGACGUUUCCGUCAAACUACCGUUUACCUUAACCCACUCCUGCAUCAACGAAGCCCCAACUGACAGCGUAACAGAAGAAGCAACCCAUAAAAUGAUUCUAGAAGGUAAGGAAGAGAAUGCAGAAGUAAAAGACAACCGGAACAACAACAAGGAAACAAUUCAUGAAGCUGAUGAACCGUCGCCAGAGAAUCAUAGAUGCAUUGCGGAUGUGCUGGUAAAUAUCGAGAAUCAAAUGACUAGACCAAAAGUGACUGGACAAAGAGAAACGCCGCUUGUCAAAUGUAAUAAUGAAGAAUUCGAUCUGAUAGAGAAAUAUCCCGGCCCAGAUACGUGAUCCGAUGAAAUAGUUAAAGUCGAAUCGAAUGUAAUGAAUUCGAUUAAGUCGUGUAAUGAGGUCCAAAUGAAGGGUAGUUUUGCUGAGAAUUUGAAAAGAGCUGUCUGUUGUAUUGAUAGACGAAGACAGUCUUAGUGUACAUAUUUAAUGUUUUUCUGUGUAUUGCUCUGUUUAAUGCGACAUAAUUUAGUUAUUCUGCUGGGUCUGUGUUCCUUAUGUACAGCUUAAAUAACUGCACCAAAUUCUUUUUUGAAUCACUUCUAAAAGAACUCAUUCCAUUUAAUAGUUAACAUCAAAUAAAGAGUACCCAAGAGAUUAAAAACUUUAUGGAAAAAUUUAACCAACGCUUAUUAAAAGAACUCAAUUUGAAAGACUAAACGAAUGUCAAUCAUAGAUUAAAGUGUAGAUUUAAGAAAAAAUUUCUAGUCGUUAUUUUUUAUUAACUGUGCGUAAAUUUUGCAAUAUCGGAACCGUUUUACGGGGUUCCAGUCAGG